CUCUUAUAAACUCCUUUCCCUUCCCCUGUUUCGCUCCCAAAUUGUUUCACACUCCCUCCUCUCGAGCUCUAGAUUCAUGUUGUAGUCCUUGCAUGGCGCUGUUCCUAAAGCUGUGAUCAGACUCUGUAACAGAUAUUUUCUACUCCAAUAACUUCGUUAGCCCAGAAAUCAUAUGCUUAAAUUGCUUGCCUCGACAUUUAUACGCUCUUCUCGGUGAUUAAAUAAGGAUCAUAUCUUAAGAGCCCGUCGGAUCAUUAUUUCGUCCUAUUGAGCUCAAAUCACUGAACCCAUCAAGUUCAAAACAAGUGAUCGAUCGCGACGAUGGGUGAGACAGAUCAAGGAUCAGGAGCUGAUUACCCGAGUAGCAGUUCAUCAUCAAUGACCCAAGUCAAGAAAAGCUGUGUGGAUUGCGGAACAACAAGAACACCUUUGUGGAGAAGCGGUCCGGCUGGGCCUAGGUCACUGUGCAAUGCUUGUGGGAUCAGAUACAGGAAACAGAGGACGGCUGCUCUGACUUUAAGCAACAAAGGAAAAACUGAGAAGAUUAAGAAGAGGGAUAGUAGCAGUGGUAGUUCUAGUAAUGAUUUGGGAGAGAGAUUGCUGGUUCUGGGGAGGGAGAUGGUGUUGCAGAGAAUAUUUGGUUCUCAACAACAACAACAACAGAGGAGGAAGCUGGGGGAAGAAGAAGAAGCUGCCAUACUGUUGAUGACCCUUUCCUCUGGCUCUGUCUAUGCUUAGAACAGAGCAACAAGAAGAAUAACCAGAAUACCUACCGCUCUCUUUAAUUGCCUUUCCAAUGUCCAUCUUUUAACUUUAGUAUGUUUUUAAUGUUUUUAGUUCUGUCUCACGCUCCGCUACUAUUUUUUUUGGGAGACUUGAAGAUGAUGAAUAUGGUGAUUUUGAUAAUGAGUAGGUGACAGAAGAACAUCAAUGGUGAAUGCCAAACAGGAAAUUAUAUUAA